GGCAUAGGCACAGCACAGCAUAGCAGCCUUACUGUCGUUCACGCACGCUCUAUAUUACUGCACUACUAUACUGUAAUGCUUUUCAACUCCCAACUUUCUCUCCUCUAAUUUUGUCUCCCUUUUAUCUCUUUAGGGUUCUUCUUCAGAUCCUCUUUAAAAUGUCAAAGACUGGAGCUUUUGAUCUCGCUAAUGGUGUUGGCGGAAAGAUCGAGAAAGAUGAUGUUCUAUCCGCCGUUGACAAGUAUGAGAAAUACCAUGGUUACUAUGGAGGUGAAGAGGAAGAAAGAAAAUCCAACUACACUGACAUGGUGAAUAAGUAUUACGAUCUGGUUACUAGCUUCUAUGAGUUUGGCUGGGGAGAGUCCUUCCAUUUUGCUCACAGAUGGAAUGGAGAAUCACUUCGUGAGAGCAUCAAACGCCAUGAACACUUUCUUGCUUUGCAACUAGAACUGAAGCCUGGGCAGAAGGUCUUGGAUGUGGGAUGUGGUAUAGGAGGUCCACUACGAGAAAUUUCUAGAUUCAGCUCAACAUCUGUGACAGGGUUGAACAAUAAUGAAUAUCAAAUUACAAGGGGGAAGGAACUGAACCGGAGUGCAGGAGUUGACAAGACAUGCAACUUUGUUAAAGCGGAUUUCAUGAAAAUGCCAUUUCCAGAAAAUUCAUUUGAUGCCGUUUAUGCCAUCGAGGCAACAUGUCAUGCACCAGAUGCUGUUGGAUGCUAUCAACAAAUAUAUAGAGUGUUAAAGCCUGGACAACAUUUUGCUGCAUACGAGUGGUGCAUGACGGAUGCCUUCGAUCCCAAUAACCAAGACCACCAGAAAAUUAAGUCAGAAAUUGAGCUUGGUGAUGGGCUUCCAGACAUCAGAUCAACAAGACAAUGCCUUGAUGCUCUAAAGAAAGCAGGAUUUGAGGUCAUCUGGGAAAGAGAUCUUGCGAAUGACUCACCAGUGCCUUGGUACUUACCGUUGGACACGAAUCACUUUUCUUUGAGUAGCUUCCGUCUAACUUCUGCUGGACGUUUCAUCACUAGAAAUCUGGUCAAAACUCUAGAAUACGUCGGAUUAGCACCCAAGGGGAGUCUAAGAGUUCAAUCAUUUCUAGAAAAAGCUGCCGAAGGACUUGUUGAGGGUGGAAGGAGAGAGAUCUUCACUCCCAUGUACUUCUUCGUGGCCCGGAAGCCCUUGACAGAUAGCAAGUAACAUCAAAACAUGGAAUUCUUGAGUGGUUGGUGAAAUUUCUGUGGUCAAUAGAACAAGCUCUAAUUCAAUCUUGUUUGUUGCUCAAAUGCAAUGUUGCUAGCUCAUUAGGGUCUUUGCUGCCUUUUCAUAAAUUUGAUUUGUUCUUUUUAGCAGAUCUUCUUUCACCUUGUGCUCUUGUAAGUUUUUGGUUAAUGGUUUGGUUAUCAGUGUGUAAUUUGCCAAAAUUUGCUGCAAUUUUAAUCCUGUUAAUCUACUGCUGCCAGUAUCUUUAAUUUG